AUGACAACACCACGUCAUUCAUUCCAACAUCUGGCCAACGACUUCAAUGCCCUGCGACGGACCAGGGCAAUCUCCACGACUCAGGCCCUCCCCAUAAGCCCUAGAGCCUCGCCCUGGGACGAUGAGAGCUUCUAUCAAUAUACGGGCGGCCGCUGGCUUUAUAACGAAGCCAAACAACUCGCGGAUCGGUCCUUAACAUUCAAUAUGAAAGAACUAGUUCGGACUGCUGCUACAAGUCAGGGCUACGACAUCAAUUCCUGCAUUAAAGUGGAAAAGUUGCCUGAGGGAGAUUUCAACAAAACCUUUCUUAUCACAUUUCAAGAUGAAAAGCAACUAAUUGCAAAAAUACCCAACCGUAAUGCUGGUUUACCAUUUUAUAAUACUGCAAGUGAAGUAGCCACUAUGGACUUUGUGAGAAAUCUCGCCGGGCUGCCGAUACCAAAAGUGUAUACUUGGAGCCCUCAUUCAUCUUAUAAUCCUGUUGGAACAGAGUAUAUCAUCAUGGAAAAAGCCGAUGGUGUGGUAUUAAGUUCACGGUGGCCUUCAAUGAGUAAAAAACAAAAAGUGAAACUGAUACAGAACGUUGUUUCUCUUGAGAAAUCUCUUCUUGCCUUCCGAUUCCAACAUAUUGGAAGCAUAUAUUAUAAAUCUGAUCUCGAUCAGUCAAGACAUAACGACAAGUUCUUUGAAACCGCUUACGCUAGUUUCGUGGUUGGCCCAACAACGGAAAGGAAAUUCCUCCAAGAUGGGCGGAGGGAAAUAAGCACAGAUAAGGGACCAUGGAACAAUGCCCACGAGUAUAUUCUAGCAUCAUCUAGGCGAGAACGAGAAUGUAUCAAGAAAUCUCCCGGGUUUCCGAGACCAGAGGGGAUAUUUGGCGGCCCAAGGGGCUACAAACCUACCUCUAAGACUAAACUUGACGUGUUGGAUGACUUCGAGAGGGUGGCCAUGCACUUACUCCCUAAAGAUAUAUCUGUUCAUAUACCCGUUCUAUGGCACAGCGACCUCCACGACAAUAAUAUUUUUGUUGAUUCUGAAGAUCCAUCAAAAAUUACUUCUAUUAUUGACUGGCAGGCGGUCAGUAUCGCACCACUUUUCUUGCAAGCUAGAGUUCCCAGCUUCCUAGAAUUUGACGGGCCACGACUACCAUUAGGCCUUACUACACUUCCUUCACCACCUGACAACUUCGACGCAUUAAGCCCUACCGAGAGAAAGGAAGCCAAGGCGUUACAGUCAAAACAGUCUUUAUAUAAGCUAUAUGAAGUACAGUCCGGCCGCGAGAACAUGCCUGUCUUUAGAGCAUUACAAUACACGGAGACUCUGGGUAGUCAAAUUAUUUCACUUACUUCUCAAGUGUUUAAUGACGGCGAGCCUAUCAUAAGGGGCCAAUUAAUUCAGCUAGCUCGCGAGUGGGGGAAAAUUGCUGGACCAGAUGGGGGCCCCUGUCCCAUUACAGUCACGGCAGCUGGUAUUGCUGCGCAAAAAGAGGACCAAAAGAAGUGGGGAGAAGGCGUGCAGAUGAUGGAAGAUGUGCUUGAGGCUCUAGGCGGUGCCGAAAAUGGUUGGGAUGGCUGGUCAAGCCAUGAAGAUUAUGCCGUGUUAAAAAAGAAGAUGGCAAUAGUCAAAGAACAAUUCUUGGAUCAUAUGGCCAAAAAUAAAGAGGAAAGGAGCGCAUGGGAGAAUGUGUGGCCUUUCAGAGAUAAUUAA